AUGUGCUUGGAUGUUAAAUGCCACCGUUAUCAUUCUUUCACUCCUAACCGUAGUAUUCACAACGAAGUGGGUGCUUGUUGGCUCUGAUUGUAUUUCAUGCGCUGAAAGUAGCGAAGGAAGUCGCAGCUGACUCGUGGUUAGCUAUCGGAACUGCUUUUCACAAUUUCUGCGCCUGGACGUCCAUUUGCAACUAACUUAUCGUAUAUACUGCUGCCCUGUUUGAAGUGAUUAGGUGUGGUCUUCAUCGACACCGCGAAGAGUGGUUUGCUAAAAUAUUCAAGAUUACAUAUCUCAGGAAAGAAGGCAAGUAAAGUCAAGAAGGAAAGCAUCGAGUUGAUGCGGAUUUAGAGUUAGAUUCAAGACUGGAGAGAGAUACAAGUUUGCAAACGCCAUGGAUGAAACAAGGGUUCGCCUUACACUAGUUUUUAUUUGGAUGUUAUUAGUGCUGCCAAGAUGCGAAGCCAGUAAAGACAAUUGUCUUAACAUCGUUCAGUACAUUUACCACAGCCUCGGAUUAAGAAGUCGUGCACAAGGCACUCCGAAUAUAGCGGGAGAGUGGACCUCAUCGAGCUGUGAGGUGAGACCUGGUCCACAGUUUUUUACACGAUAUAUCAAGAUCUUACAAAACUCCACGUGGGAAGGUUAUUUCCAUCGGUAUAACGACUCGCAAUGUUCCGAACCCAAGUUAAGUCUUUACAUGAGAGGAUUUUACAAGGUGAUGGACGAACCUUUGGAAUUCAUCAAAGGCAGUAACAAGGCAUUCUUCAACUUUUCAACGAUAGAACUCUACCCUCACAACAGCUACGAGCAGGAGAUAGCCAUCAAUACGUCAACCCGUCAUUGUCGAAAUACGCUGAAGGUUGUGAGAACCCUAGACUCCACAGAUGUUUUUGCGGUAGAUAAAAGAGCAUUUAGAAGACGUGCUUGUAGGAGCGCGUUUGGAUUCUCCGAAUCGGAAUUUUCUGGGUUGAAGCUCGAAACUCGGAGAAAGAAGAGCUCCAAAUAUGACAAGUUGUAUUUUGGUGGGGUCCCCACCAUAAGAGCUCCCAGAAAGUAUAAGCCCAGGUCUUACCAGCUCCCAUUGAUCAAGUACAAUUCUCAUAACUGUACCAAAUGUAUGAAAAUUCGAUUAGGUACUGGUGCGCGUCCACCAAAGUUUGUAUGGAAACCACCUCGUCUGUGGCGAUUAGAGGGAGAGUGGGCCAGCACAACUUGUGAGGCAAGCCCAGGAGGUGCGUUCUUAACGCGUCACUUUAAAUUCACUAGUAGUCAGAGUUCACGUAGAUGGGAAUGUCAUUAUUACUUCUAUGUGGAUUCAGAAUGCAAGAAGCGUGACUUUGAGCUGAACGGGAAAGGACACUUCUCGUAUGCAACACCUUCUAAAAAGGUUAACGGGGCUGCUGAAUAUGUGUUCACCAUGACAGAGGCAGCAAUCAAGCCAUUUGAUAGAAUUACCACUCGAAUGUUGAACACCGCUACACCUAAUACAUGUGGCAAAACUGGGACUUGGAAGACAAACGUCAAGCAAGAUAUCACAGGAACUCAGGGUUGUAAAUUGUACGGCAUCUCACUCCCGAUCACCGAGUACGAUCUCCUGAAGAUGGACACUGAUCAUGGAGACAACAGACUUCUCUAUGUGGGACAAAGAGCCAGUGAUGGUUCUGACCCCUCCUCUCCCUCAAAGAGGGCAACGUCUUUCCAAGUACCACUUAUCGAAUGUUCAUCGUACAAAUUUAAAUUUGUACCUCCUACAACUCGCCCAACAACUCGUCCAACCACCAGGAGUGGAAUUGUGCUCUCUAUUAGGACGUUGCCUACCAAGAUAAAGAAAAUUACCACAAGAAGGCGAACUGAUCGAGAUCCUGGCCGUAAAACAACCCACAGCAGAAGUGGAAAUGGUUCUGAUGCCAACAGAGAGAAUGUUGGAUAUCUUUACCGAAACAGUGCAGCCAGCUUGUUAAGCAAACUUUUAUUGGUACUAAGCACAGUCCUCGUUAGCACGUGGAUUGACUAAAAUUUCCAGGAAUAGUGAAAUGCUAUACGAAACAUGUAACAGAGCUCCUUUUGAACUUUAAAAGAAAACAUUUGUGCAAUUUUAGUGCGGUUAAAAGGUGGCGUAUGUCAUAGAUUAAAACUUUUCCACUUGAAAAUUGUCAUAUGGAGCCCUUCUCAAUCUCCGAAUAGAGAAAGACUGGGGCCGAAAUUCAGUAAAGAGCUGCAGAAGUAUAAGUGGCAGAAGGUAACGUCAAACCUUCUUUAAGCAUCAUUCCUUGAAUGAAUUUGUUAAUGAGGAAAUGUUCCUUUUUUAUUUUGAUCUAUUUUUCUUAGUUAAUUAGCAGUAAUAGCAACGUACAUCAAAAUUGGGCAGUUCUUUAACCAUCUGAUUUAUUUUCCAAUAAGGCGAUAUUUUUUUUUAGCAAAUGGAUUAUAUGAACAUAGUGGUGUUGAACUUUUUAAUUUCCAACAUCAGAAUGAUUCAUGAAAAGAAAGGAAUUUCUUUUUUAAAUUUUCGAGGUGAAACGAUUGAUUUUUAAGUUAUUGCUGUGUAUUGCGAAAUCUCUGGAUAAUACUCGCUGAAUUUGAUUUUGCCAGAAGAGAGAAAACAAUUUUCCUGAAGACUUUCCAAAAACAGGGUCUGAAUUCUCUCAUGAAAUCAAAACAUUCUUGGAUUAGGUCUGAUGUGUUAUAUCAUAACUGGGAUAUUUUACACGCUCUGAUUAAUGAAAAACUCUAUCGCUUUUUGUUAGUUGAGAGAUUGACUAGCCUUUCACGUCUUCGCCGAACAUUCCAAGAGAAUUCUUACAACAGUAAACCGUUGGAAUGUGGGUCUAGUGAUUGUCUAUUUUUUCAGAUGAUAACUCUAAUGCUGAAUAACGAACUAGGGUAACGUCGUAGGCAUUGUUCUGGGUUAAGACAAUGGGACGACUGAAAUCGUAUGUAUAAGGGUCGAUUUGACGUUUCAACUUCGCCCUUUUCCGCAAGAAAAUUAGGAAAAAUUGUUUCCUUAAGACACAAAUACUUAUGAUAAUCAUGGACUGCGCAAAACGUUGAAAACUUCAUACACACAAUUCUUGGGUGAAGAGCACCCAAAAUUUGUUUAAGGCACCGUGUAAAUCGAUCCAUAUAACUACCAAGCAAUGUUUCAGUUCAGUUUUGUAAGUUUAGUUUUGUAAGCAGCGUUGAAAAGGGGAACGAAUUAAAUGAAAGUUUUGUAGAUAAAAUAAAUUUUCAAGUAAAACUGCA